CCCGUCAUGUCCGUCCGGGCUGUUGGGAACUAAGAUGGAGGACUGGGCGAAACGGAACGCGAGUCUGUACGGACUUCUAUAGCUCGACGAGGCGGAUUUGCGGUUCCCUUCGGACUUAUGGAGGAACUUGUGGAAGCUGACGAUGCCUAGGAAGGGGAACGGACAGCUGCCGUUACCGGACGGCUGGGAGGAGGCGAGGGAUUACGACGGGAAAGUGUUUUAUAUCGACCACAACACGAGACAGACGAGCUGGAUCGACCCGCGGGACAGACUGACAAAGCCCUUGUCGUUUGCGGACUGCGUAGGCGAUGAGCUGCCGUGGGGCUGGGAGGCCUCCUACGAUCCUCAGAUCGGCAUCUACUACAUCGACCACAUCAACAAGACCACCCAGCUGGAAGACCCCCGUAAACAAUGGCGCAUGGAGCAGGAGCGCAUGCUGAAGGAGUACCUGUCGGUGGCACAGGACGCACUCCUUGCCCAGAAGGAGCUCUACCAGGUGAAGGAGCAGAGGCUGGCGCUUGCACUGGACGAAUACGUCCGCCUCAACGAUGCUUACAAGGAGAAGUCCAGCUCGCGAACCAGCUUGUUCUCAGGAUCCUCAUCAAGCACAAAGUAUGACCCAGACAUCUUAAAAGCAGAAAUAUCAACAACAAAAGUCAGAGUGAAUAAACUGAAGAGAGAGCUUUCUCAGAUGAAGCAGGAGCUCCUGUACAAAGAACAGGGCCUUGAUACCUUGCACCAAAUUGACCAAAAGAUGUGCGGUGGCCAGAGUGGCUACCGGCUGAAGGAGGCCAAGGCUGUGGUGAACGAGCUCAAGUCCAUCCGGAGGGCCAUCAGCUCGGGCGAGAAGGAGAAGCUCGACCUCAUGCAGUGCCUCGCCAAGCUGAAGGAGCGCUUCCACUCUGAGCAGAGUAUGGGUCACUCAGAACCGGACCUGCGAAGGGUGCAGCCUUCCAACCCGACGCUGCCCAGACGCACCCUGGACGCAGGCUCCCAGACCGACAUCUCGGGAGAGGCCGGGCUGCACAGCAGGUCCACCUUGGCCGAGAAGGCGCGGCUGAGCCUGCGGUACGAGGAGGCCAAGAGAAGCAUGGCCAACGUGAAGAUUGAGCUGGCAAAGCUGGACGCAGAGGUGUGGCCGGGCGCGCUGGAUGCAGAACGUGAGCGCCUCCUGCUCCUCAGUGAGAAGGAGGAGCUGCUGAAGGAGCUGCAGUUCGUCACCCCCCGAAGACGCUCCGCUGGAGAGUUGCAGCGCUUGGAAGCCGAGAGGCUGCGCCUAGAGGAGGAGUUGCUGUGCGUCAAGACCGCCCCCAGCCGAGCCCUGGCGCAGAGGUUGAAGGUGCAGGAAAGGAGACGGGCUCUGGUGCAGAAGUUGGAGGAGUCGACUCGCUUGGCUACACAGCUGCAGUCCCAACUGAAAAGCCUUUCGGCCAGCACCCUGUCAGUGUCUUCUGGCAGCAGUCUGGGCUCCCUGGCCUCCAGCCGUGGCUCCCUGAAUGCCUCUAGCCGUGGCUCCCUGAACUCACUGAGCUCAGCGGAGUUGUACUACGGCCCCCCGGAGUCGCCAAUCGACCCCGACCGCCAACACAAGCUGGACUUGCUGCUGCAGGAUAAGGCGGGCAGCUACGAACCCUCGGGCUCCAUUACCACCAUCCACGAGCAUGAGGUGGUGCGCAGUAGCUGUGGGGAGCCCACCCCUGGACAGCCCCCAAAAUCGGUGGCCUCGUUGUCGUCGCGUUCCUCGCUGUCCUCGCUGUCGCCGCCCGGCUCACCGCUGGCGCUGGAAGGAGCCUUCCCAUCUGUACGGGACCUGGCCCCCGACUUCGGCGAGUGUGAGGCAGCGGGUGACUUCGUGGGCCUCGCCUUCUUUGCAAGUCGAGCACUGCCAGACCCUGAGGGUGCAGACAGGGAGGGGGGCGAGGGGCGACAUCAGGCACCGCUGGCCACACUCCAGGAGGGAAUAGCAGACAUGGACCUGCAGGGUCGCCCUCUGCUGGAAGACCAGCCAGCCUGUGUGUCAGCUGCUGUUUCCGACGAGUCUGUCGCAGGUGACAGCGGAGUCUACGAGGCAUCCCUCAAACGGUCCAAUGAGGUAGAGGACACAGUCUACACGGAAGAGGAGCUGGGCUCCCCAGAAGUGGUGCAAGUCCAGAUGGGGCUCAAGUACGAUGCAGCAAACUCCAGCUUUGUCAUCGUCGUGAUGCAGCUUCACAACCAGGCCUCCCUGCAGGUUCCAUUGGGUGCCAAAGUGUACUUCCGCGUGGUCCUGCUGCCCUCUCCAGGUGAUGUCAGCUGCCUGUUCCGCACAAGGGUUCUGCCCCUAGCUGAAUGUGUGGCUUUCAGCGACGUGUUCCGGGCAACGGUGCCACGAGACGAACUUCAACGCAGGACACUCAGGGUGGACCUGUGCCACGUGGGUCCGUCCCGACAGGAGGACUGCCUGGCCGGGGUACACGUUGUCCUGACCAGCCUCCCCCUGUCAACUGACCUCUCCACUCACUGGUAUGACCUGCUGCCCUGCAAGAGGAGCAGAGAGACACAGGAGGAGAGGGUAGCGGCCAUGCAGGAUCCGCGACCCCGUGGGGGUGCCGUCGACCUGGAUGCCGUAUCAGCUUUGCUUGAACGGACUUCCACAGAGCUAGAGGCUGUGGAACAGAAACUGGCCCAGGAGGAAGGAAUCGAGGAGGAAUGGCUAGAGUUUGUCGGAGAGAACAGUGCAGAGCUCGCCUUGGGUGUGGAGGAAGAGGAAGUGGAGGGAGAAGAAGCUGGAAUGAACAUCCCGGACAAUUCAGAGGAGUACAGGACUCAUGCUGGCCUUUACCGAAAGGAAGUGGAUGAAGAAAGACAGGAAGUAGCUGAAGAGGAGGAGCUAAAGAAGUAUAAAGAAAGUAACUCGCAGCUGUGUGAAGGACCAACCCUGCUGGACAAGGAGACGAGCACAGACGACGGCGCAACGGAGGAGGUGGCGGCGGUGGUUCGGCCCAAGGAGCGGAGCGGGCUGGGAUCCCGGCAGCAGGCAUUCGGCAGGAACAGCAUGGUCAUGCGCUCACAUACUUUCUCCCCAGGGGAGCGCAGCCAGUACAUUUGCAGGUUGAGCCGAAGCGAUAGCGACAGUUCGACAUUAUCCAAAAGGUCUCCCUUCAUCCGGAAUGCGUCGGAGAGGCGCAGCCUGCGAGUGAAACGGAGUAUCCGGCAGCCCACCCUGCAGCGGUCCGCAGCAGAGCACCCUGGCAGAACCUCCCUGGACCUGGAGCUGGACCUCCAGGCUGUCCGCACUCGGCAGAGUCGCCUGGACGAGGAGUUGCGUCGGCUACGAGAGCUGAAAGCACGACUGGAGGCACUGAAAGCUCGUGGAGAGACGGAGCUGCCGGCCAUCGUGCUGGAGGACGAGCGAUUCCGCAGGCUCCUGCAGCAGGCCGAGAAGCAAGCGGAGCAGUCAAAGGAAGAGCAGAAGCAGGACCUGAAGGCUGAGAAGCUCAUGAGAAAGGCCUCCAAGGAUGUGUGCCGGCUCCGCGAGCAGAGCCAGAAGGUGCCGGUGCAGGUGCAGUCGUUCAGGGAGAAGAUGGCCUAUUUCACGCGAGCAAAGAUACAUAUACCAGCACUACCAGCAGACGACGUAUGAUCGUGUUUUUCAUAGCAAAUAUCAAAAGUAUUUUUCCCAACUUGAUAGCAGUGUAUUUUUAAGACAGAGCAUUUCUUUGAAUACAUCGAACAAAAAAAGAAUACAAUAGUUUUACACCAUAGAAGUAUUUGUAUAAUAAGUUGUAAUGGAAUAUCAUGAUGUAAAAAAAGGCUUUCUUUUUGAGAAAACCAAAGUAGUAAUUGUGGUGCAUGUUUGCUAACGAUGCAUCUGUACAGUUUGAGAAAAUGUGGCGCCCAUUAUUCUGUAAAGUUGGAAUGUGCGGAACAAAGCAGGACAGUGGCUGCUGCUGCGCUCUCAUGGCUCCCCCUGCUGGAGUGCGCGCGCGCACACACUGCGCUCUGGCUCAGCAUCCACAGUGUGUGUACAUUGUGAGCAAGUGAAUGAGGGAAUGAAUGAAUGAGUGAGUGAAUGAGGGAGCAGGGGUUCCGUAGCACCGCCCUGCCUUGUUGAAAUCCUGUCCAGCGCUUGGCUCUGCGUCUUCAUCCCUACCUGUCAAUCAAAACAAGACAAAUCUUUCGAAUGUAUGUUUUGUUAUGCUUUUUUUUUGUCGUUACUGCACUGAUCUCUGCAUCCUUCGGUCUUUUUGGACACAUUGCACAUUUUAGAUAAGCAGCUGUACUCAGUAUUCUGUCUUCACCAUUGUAAUACCCCACCACAUCACCACAAGUCCCAUUAACUGAAAUCUAAAUUUUUUCCUAUCGAUGCAAAAGUUCUGUUUAUUCACAGUUGUGGAAACUUAUCUCCCGUGUAGCUGAGCAUGUUCCAGACCCUGUUCUUUCCCUCUUCUGUAGUAAAAUUCCUCAAAGUGUUUUUUCAGAGUAAAAUAUAACAAUGUGAACAGACUUGCAGAUCUUUUUUUGAAUGGCCAUCUUUGGCAGACGGACCGUACGUUCACUGGCACAGCACACAUUGGUCAUGGAGUGAAGGACACCCCCCCCACCAUCACAGUAUCACAGAGAUCAAAGCAUUGGUUUGAACUGUAUAAAUAUUUGUAAAAGUCUUGUGAAUCUCUCAAGUUAUACACACAUAUGUGGAGCAGCCCUCUUUGUUGGCACAGAUUAGCCAGUGUUGUAGCACAAUUAAUUUAAAAUGUUUUUAUUGUUGUUCACUUGUAGUAGCUGAUCCAUCCAACAUUUGAUUUUACUGUGCUGGGCAACCUGGAAGCACAAAAAGCUACAGAACAAGCAGUUUAUUUUCCGAAUGGACCAACGGGUGUGUUUUUUCAAAGUCAGCCCUGUGUCGUUCCUGCAAGAUGUCAUGCACCUCAUCAGCACCGACAGUCCUGUUAAACCCUGGUCCAAAUGCUCGCAGACGCUCCGUUUGCACGACGUGCAGCGCACAUCUCCCCACAUGAGCAUCUGCCACCGCCGAGGGGGUGCCAGUCAGGUCCAACGCAAUGAACACCUUCUGCCAGACUUCACACACCUCUCUUAAAGCAAUCUGUCUUUUUUAAAAGAGUAUUUAGCACACAAUAAUGAAAUGAAGGUUUUUCUUGCUUUUUCACUGUGCUUGAUUUGUAUAAUGUAUGUAGAGGCCUUAACAGACCAUUGUUCUUUCCAUUUAUUUUCAUUUAUUUAUUUGCCUUAUUUAUGUUUUCUUUAUGUACAGUUGUGUUUUU